AUGACAACAAUAACCACCGUCACGAUCACCACGACCACAACAACAACCACAACGACAACAACAACAACAACCGCAACGACAACAACAACAACAACCACAACGACAACAACAACAACAACCACAACGACAACAACAACAACAACCACAACGACAACAACAAUAACAACAACGACUACAGCAACCACAACAACAGCCACAACAAGUACAACAACGACAACAACAUCGACUACAGCAACCACAACAACAGUGACUACAGCAACCACAACAACAGCCACAACAAGUACAACAACGACAACAGUUACCACGACCACUGAGCGUCCAAUCGUUGCCAUAACACGAGCAGGUGAUUCAAUUAUUGGCAUAUGUAAUACAAUAGCUGGUGGAUCUACUGGUGGAUCUGGUUAUAAUUACCCGUCUAAUGAAAAUUCACCGAACGCUAUCGAUAAUGAUAUAAAUACAAAAUAUCUCAAUUUUGGAGAUUCAUCUACCGGUUGCUCUGGUUCAAGUCCUGGUGGAAUUAAUACUGGAUUUUAUGUUACACCUGCUAUAAGUAAUACAUAUGUUGCUGUCGGUCUUCUUUUUGCUACUGCAAACGAUUUCUCUAAUCGUGAUCCAAUAACAGUAACUCUUGAAGGAACAAAUGAAACAAGUACUGCAGCUCUCGAUUCUGGAGCAAGUUGGAUAUUGAUAUACAAUGGUUCGACAGGUAUUGAUCCAUCAAUUGAUCCUGGUCGUCAAACAUACGUUUCUCAACAGAAUUUCUCUAAUACAAUUGCCUUUCGUAGCUAUCGACUUCUUGUAACUUCAAAACGUGGUACUGAUUCUUCAGUCCAAUAUGCCGAAGCUCAUAUAAUGGGAUAUAUCUAA